UUUGAAAACGUUUCGGCGAGAGAUUUGAUGUGGAUCUCAGUUUUGUUUCACCCUGAGCUCACGAGUCCGCCAUGAAGUUAAAUAGGUUGACGGCGGAGGCGCUUUUAACAUGGAUGAACGGUGUGUUUCCAAAUGGACCCGUCACACAGUUCAUCCAUAUUAGGGAUGGGCACCUGCUCAUGAGAAUCUGCUGUAAAUUACAAGGGAAAGAGGAAUGUGAGAAACUGAUGUCAUUACCCGUUGAUAAUAAAGUCGAACUCAUCUUCAGCAUUUUGCACAAUGACUUUAACUUCAGCAGAACACAAGGUUCCCUCAUCUCACAGAAAGUGAGUCAAGGAAUUGAUCUGGAGCUUCAGCUCGCCAAGGUUGCACUUCUGCUUUGUUACUGCAGUUUUAAACACAAGCUCAUGAAUGUGAGCACAAGUACAGAGUCCGUGAUUGCGUCCAUGUUUCGUUUUGUAAAAGACAAUGCGGAUGGUCUGUCUUUAGACGAAGGCUUAGAUCAGUUUCUGACCCAAGACUUUGUAAUGAAUUUCUCCAGCUUCAGCUCUGACAGCGGAGCCAGUUCAUCAUUCUACACCGAUGAAGAGUCACCGCUCUUCAGCCGCUUUCAUCGUCAUCCCAUAGUUCAGUUUCAAGAGCUCUGCACUGUGGCCUCCAGUUCAGAUGGCUCUCCAGUGCAGGACAUGAUGAGCACGCCGCAUUUCCAGUUAAAGCGCCUCCGGAAAGAACUGGCACAUGAAGGGGACAUCAGAGACGAACUGGAGAAAGAACUGGCCAAUCAGAUCAGCAUCAUCUCAGAGAAAGAGGGUUUGAUCUCUCAGCUGCAGCACAGGGUCGAGCGUCUGCUGCGGGAACAGGGAGAGCUGGAGAAAGACCAUAAAGCCGCUCUGCUGGAGCUGCAGGAGAAGAACGAGAGUCUCCUUCGGAGAGUACAUGAGGUUCUAAAGCUAUGCCAGGACCUCAAAACCGACAACUCUCAGAAAGAGAAAAAGAUUGAUGAGCUGACGGAAGAGAACGGGACUCUUGCUGCUCAGGUACGAAACGUCUUUGCUCAGCUUGCGAGAACCGAGGAGGAGGUUGCUAAACUCAAGCUGGCCCACGAAUCAUCUCAGGAUGAGUGGAGGAUCAGAAGAGAGUUUCUGGAGAAAGAGUUGAAUGAGGCCGUCACACACCGGGAGUGCCUGAGUGAGCAAGUUCAGAUCUUGCAAGGAAAGAUUUCUGUUCUGGAGGAUGAACUCAUAAAAGCUCAAUCUCAGGAGAGGGGAGAGGUUCUUGGUCCUAUCAUGGAGUGGGAGAAGCUUAAACAGGAGUUGGCAGAUCUGACACUUAAACUUGCUGAACUUCAGGACACGAUUUCUCAUCUUGAGAAAGAGAAGGCUGAGGUCGAGGCCUUGCUGGCUAAGGAGAGAGGCUUAUUUGAAAAGGAAACCCAAAGACUUCAGACCAUGGUAUUUGAUCUGGAGCAAUCCAUCAGCAGCAUCCGUAGGGAAAGAGAAACACUGCAACAUGCCUUACAGACCCAGAAAGAGAUGCUCACUGCAAAGAUUGAGGCUCUGGAAAGAGAUGUUUCUCGGCUGCAACAAGUGGAAGUUCAGCUGACAGCUGAGAUCAAAAUCUCUGCAGAUCUCCGCCAACAGAGAGAGGAGCUGGAGGGGAGGGUAGCCUUGCUCGAUCAGAUGGUUAACGCUCUACAUGCUGAAAUCCAGGGCUUGGAAAUGGAAAGAGCAUCGCAGCAGGAUUCUCUUAAUGCCCUCAUGGUCGACCUGCAAACUGCCAAAGCAACCCUGCAAGAAUAUGAGGUGAAGUUGGAAGACCAUCAGAAUUUGGUAAAGGAGAACGUUUUAUUGAAAAAGGAAGCAUGUACAAUGCGACAGGAGAUUGAUGAGCAUCUGCAGGCUAUAAAAAAUCUUCAAGGGCAAAUCAGUUUCCUCCAACAGGAGAAAACGGAGGAAGAGAACAAAGUGAGUCAGGCCGUAUCCCAAAUUGAGAGCCUCCAAACUCAAAUCACACAACUGUCAGAACAAAUAUCACAGAAAGAUGAAAAAAUAAAAAAUCUGAGCAAUGAGUAUGACUCUUUAGAUAACGAGCUGAAGCUUGUGAGGGAACAAAAUGUUGAAAUCAAUGAAAUGAUCAAAUCCAUUUGUAAAGACCACGAGGACACCAUUAAGAAACUUCAGCAGGAGCUUUGCUGUGCCGCUUCGACUGCUUCAAAGAAACAGGAGGAAAUGUUGACGCUGUCAGCUGAUGUAACAUGUCUAAAAGAGCAGAUCUGUCACUACAAUGAAAACAAACUGCAGAAACAACAGGAGUUUUCUGUUUUAGAGGCUGAACACAAAGUGAUGAAGAAAAACCUGACAUCUCUUCAAAAUCAGUUAGUGGAAGCGACCGCUACGACUGCACAGAAAGAAUCCGAGCUCACCUCUCUUCAUAAGGAGCUUUGCCAUCAAGAAAUCCUGAGAAAAACAGCUCAGGAGCUCAAGACGGCCAGGUGUGAGGAAUACAACAAGACUGUGAGUGAACUUCAGGCCAAAAUUCAAGAGGUGUCCUCACUUGCAUCAGAAAGGGAAGCUUGCGUGAGUUCUCUUCAGGAUGAGAUAAAGGAUCUUCAGUUGAGAGCAAAACAGUCUGAAUAUGGUCUUCGCACAGAGCUGGAAGAAAAGAUUAAUAACCUACAAAAUAAACUGGAUGCUGCCAAAUGUUGUGUUGCAGAUAAAGAACAUCAGCUGGAGUCUUUGGAAGAGAAGCUGAAGGAGAUGGAACAGCUUUGCCAACAAAAGGAGAACAAUGUUCUUGAGACACGUCAAGCAAAGGAAGACCUGGAGAAGAGGAUUGUUGAGCUUUACGUUGAGAAAAAUCAACUAAUUGAGUGCCAACAAAAUUUAGACCUCUUGAAAAAAGAAAAGGACCAAUUUUCUGCUGAGGUGACAUCUCUCAAAGAAGAAUUAUGCCAUGCCCUAGAAAAGGAACAAGAAAAACAAAAAGAUGUGUCUGUGUUGGAGGCUAACCACAAUGCUUUGAAGGAAAACUUGGCUGCUCUUCAAAACAAGUUGGUGGAGGUGACGGCUACAGCUUCGCAGAAGGAGUCUGAGCUUCUCUUGCUUCAGCAGGAGCUUUGCCAACAAGUGAAUCUCAGAAAAAGCGCUCAGGAGCUUGAGACUGCCAAGUGUGAAGAAUUUGAGAGAAAGGUGAGCGAACUUCAAGCCAAGAUUCAAGAGGUUACCGAUCUUGCCACUGAGAGAGAAGCUCAAAUAAGUUUGCUUCAAAAUGAGAUAAAGGAUCAACAAGCGAGAGCCAAACAAAUUGAAGAUGAUCUCCACAAAAAGCUGGAAGAGACUGUUUGUUCCCUACAAGGAGAGCUUAAUGCUGCUAAUUAUGUUGCUGCGGAUAAAGAAUAUCAGCUGGAGUCUUUGGAAGAGAAGCUGAGGGAGAUGGAAAGGCUUUGCCAACAAAAGGAGAACAAUGUUCUUGAGACACGUCAAGCAAAGGAAGACCUGGAGAAGAGGAUUGUUGAGCUUUACGUUGAGAAAAAUCAACUAAUUGAGUGCCAACAAAAUUUAGACCUCUUGAAAAAAGAAAAUGACCAAUUUUCUGCUGAUGUGACAUCUCUCAAAGAAGAAUUAUGCCAUGCCCUAGAAAAGGAACAAUAUAAACAAAUAGAUGUGUCUGUGUUGUAGGCUAACCACAUUGCUUUGAAGGAAAACUUGGCUGCUCUUCAAAACAAGUUGGUGGAGGUGACGGCUACAGUUUUGCAGAAGGAUUCUUAGCUUCUCUUGCUUCAGCAGGAGCUUUGCCAACAAGUGAAUUUCAGAAAAAGCUCUCAGGAGCUUGAGACUGCCAAGUGUGAAGAAUUUGAGAGAAAGGUGAGUGAACUUCAAGCCGAGAUUCAAGAGGUUACUGCUCUUGCCACUGAGAGAGAAGCUCAAGUAAGUUCACUUCAAAAUGAGAUAAAGGGUCAACAGUUGAGGGCCAAACAAAUUGAAGAUGAUCUUCAGAAGAAGCUGGAAGAGACUGAAAACUUGGCUGCUCUUCAAAACAAGUUGGUGGAGGUGACGGCUACAGUUUUGCAGAAGGAUUCUCAGCUUCUCUUGCUUCAGCAGGAGCUUUGCCAACAAGAGAAUUUCAGAAAAAGCACUCAGGAGCUUGAGACUGCCAAGUGUGAAGAAUUUGAGAGAAAGGUGAGUGAACUUCAAGCCGAGAUUCAAGAGGUUACUGCUCUUGCCACUGAGAGAGAAGCUCAAGUAAGUUCACUUCAAAAUGAGAUAAAGGGUCAACAGUUGAGGGCCAAACAAAUUGAAGAUGAUCUUCAGAAGAAGCUGGAAGAGACUGUCAGCUCCCUACACGGAGAAAUAAAAGCUGUCACUGCAGAUAAAGAACAUCAACUGGAGUCUUUGGAGCUGAAGCUGAAGGAGAUGGAACGGCUUUGCCAAGAAAAGGAGAAAGCUGGUCUUGAGACGCAUCAGGCAAAGGUGGCCCUUGAAAAAAGACUUGAAGAGCUUCUUGUUGAGAAACAACAGCUGAACGAUUGCCAUCAGAAUUUAGACAUCUUGAAGAAGGAACGAGACCUCUUAUCAACUGAAUUAACAUCCCUCAAAGAAGAAGUCCAGAGUUACCAGGAGAACAAAGUUCAGAAACAACACGAGCGAUGUCUUGUAGAAGCUGAAUGCAACACGUUAAAGGGGAAUAUGGCCACUCUUAAGAUGCAGUUGGUGGAGGUGACAACUACAUCCGCACAGAAGGAUUCUGAGCUCCUCUCACUGAAAAAUGAGCUGCACCAACAAGAGAGCCUUAGAAAAGAUGCUGAGGGGUGUGAGGCGGAUAAAUGUGAAAAGUUUGAGAGGAAGGUGAGUGAACUUCAGGCUCACAUCCUUGAGGUGUCCACUCUUGCAUCUGAAAGGGAAGCUUCUGUGAGUUCUCUUCAAGAGAAGAUGGCUGAUCAUCAACUGAGGGCCAAACAGUCUGAAGAUGAUCUCCGCAGAGAGCAGGAGGAGAAAAUUGGAAACCUACAGACACAACUGGAUGUGGCCGGUCAUCAUGCUGCAGAUAAAAAUCUGAAGCUGAGGGAGAUGGAGCAAUUGUGUCAACAAAAGGAGAAAGAUGCUCUUGAGACGCAUCGGGAAAAUGAAGACCUGAAGAAGAGGGUUGAUGAGCUUCUUGAAGAGAAACAACAAUAUAAUGAGUGCAUGCAGAAUUUAGAUGCAUUGAGAAAAGAAAAAGACCAUGUGUCAGAUGAAGUAACAUCUCUUAAAGAACAAGUCUGCCAUUACCAGGAGAAUCAGGUGAGAGCACAACAAUUAAUGUCUGAUUUGGAGGCUAAACACAACGUGUUUAAAGAAAACUUGGCUGCUCUAAACAACCAGUUGGUUGAGGUGACGACUACAGCUUCACAGAAAGAAUCUGAGCUCCUUCGCCAACACAAGAACCUUAAAGAACUUUCUCAAGAACUUCAGGAUAAAGUACUAGAGGUCUCCACUCUUGCUUCUGAGAGGGAAGCUCAAAUAGGUUCACUUCAAGAUGAGGUAAAGAAUCAACAUUUAAAAGCCAAACAGUCUGAGGAUGAUCUCCGCAAGGAGAUGGAGGACAAGAUUGAAAUCCUACAGAGCCGAUUAGAAACUGCCAGUUGUGGCGCUGCAGAGAAAGAAUGUGUCCUGGAGUCUUUGGGUCACAAGCUGAGAGAAAUGGAAGUGCUGUGUGAACAAAAGGAGAAAGAUGUCCUUGAGAUAGACAAGGCAAAGGUGGAACUGGAGAGAAGGAUUGUUGAGCUUCAAGUUGACAAACAACGACAGGAUGGUCAGCAGCAGAAUUUGGAGAUGCUGAUGAAGGAAAGGGGGCACUUGUCUUCUCUAAGCCAGUCUCUCCAGAGAGAAUGUGAUGCAUCACAGAGGAUUAGAGCUGAGCUGGAGGUGAAGGUUGAAGAGCAAAGUGGCUCCAUCUCGGCUCUUAAGAAGACGGCUCGACAGUGGGAGGAACAGAACCAGGAACUCCUGGAACAACUGAAGAUGAAGUCGGAAGCAGUUGAACACUACAAAGCACAGGUGGAGAAAGCAAAAAAUCACUACAACGGUAAAAAACAGCUGCUGGUGGAGGCUCAGGAGAUGAACCAUAAUCUUGAGAACUCCCUGGAGGCCAGCAAGAGAGAAGUCAAAGCUCUGGAGACUGAAUUGACGCUGGCUCGCAUGCAAGUAGACCAGGUGAAGGCGAAAGAGAAGAGCCUGACGACCAAAGUGAACAGCUUGGAAGCUCAGGUGGACUUUGCUAACAGGCAGCUGCGAGAGCAAAAAAAUCUGAGCGAUAAUAUCAAAGAGGUGAGACACAGAGAAACUCUGUACACACGAGUCCCAGAGACACGCCAUGACACCAGCACAGACAGCUUGGAGCUGGAACUCAACGAUUCUCUCAAUCCUAACGGUCAUUCGGCAAUGCCGAGUGAGUCCAGCACUCCGUUGGUCCGUAGCUCAGAGCGUUUGGCUGCUAAACGCCAUGCGUUGGGGGCGGAAUCCCUCGAGACUCUCUAUUUCACACCAAUGAGUCAACAAGGCAAGAAGAUAAAAAGCAACGAUGCCAUUGAACACAAACUGGAGUCAAGCAUCACUUCAUUCGGUGAUCUCGUGGUCGACUCUGCCAAGAAACUCACGGCCUCGGCCCGCAGGCGGCGUACUACACAGGUUAUCAACAUCACCCUGGCUAAGAAGGCAUUGGGUGAAGGCGAGGAGUCGUUUUCUAGUCUGCACUCUGCCCAAUCUCAUCCCAACUUGGCGGUACAACACUCACGGCCUUUCUCAUUGGACUUCUCAGAAGAUGGUGCUUUAUCGAAAACAGACAAACUUCAAAGUUUGCCAGGAUAUCGCAGAAGUGCCGUGCACACCGCUGGCCCAACAAGAGCCACCAGUACGUUCUGCAUCGGAGCAGAGAAUGAACCCGAGCACGCUGCCGAUGACUGGAUGCGCAUCGCUGAACUGCAGGCGAGGAAUAAAACUUGUCUGCCUCAUCUGAAGAGCAGCUACCCGCUGGAGUCCAGGCCCAGUGUAGGACUUCCUUCAUUCACCAUAACAGAUGAUGACCUGCGCAUGGGUGACCCGGACGAGACGAUUCGACGUGCGUCCAUGAUUCCCGACCAGAUUCUGGAAUCCCUGAACUCCCGCCGCUUCUCUCUGGCGGUUGGAACAAGCUCAAAUCAGAGCCUCGCACAAUCCCAGCCUCAACGCGCCACCAUGUUACCAGGUCAGAUCAGAUCCAGCGCUGCCGCUCACCGGGCCGCGCAGCUCACGAAAACCAACACGCAAGUGCGUGCAUCACAGAAUACCCGCAGCCCAUUGGCUCCCAAACGCCAGGGAUCCCAACUGCAGGGACCUGAUACACCUGAGGCAAAGAAGUUGGCAAGCUGCUUUCCACGACCAAUGACACCUAAAGGCCGGCACACCAACAGUCAAAACAGACCUCCAAACUCUCCGGCUGAGCGAAGACAAUCUCUCAUGUUCUCCGUGGUAAAUACUCCGAAGAAUAACAGUCGUGGUGACAGCAGGCUGCAGAGAGGCCUCAACAAGCUGCGUAACAGCGCCCGCAAAUCUCCUGCCAUGGCCAGUCGGGCCCUGCGCUCCGCUGCCAGCACUGUUAACGGCAAAUCUCCUCUUGACUCGAGAAAAUCACCUCGCAACAAGUCUCCCAAAUCCUCCAAUGCCAAAAAGAUCAAAUUCAGGAUAAAGGUUUAAAUGGAAGAUUCCACCCAAAAUCUGUCUUCUUGCAUCAGAGUUUUGAAGCAAACUAUGCACGUUCCUUUUUGGUUUCUGUACUUUUUUAAUAUAUAUUUUUUUCUUUUUGGUAUGCAGUCACUUUAUUGACUGUUGCCCUGUUUGUUUCAUGUAAUUGGUUCUGUUUGUAUUAUAUUUAAAUGUAUUUCUUGUUUUCUGAAAAUAAAGUCUUAUGUCAGAUGUGCUGAUGAGCUUCUCAGC